ACGCCUCAGUCCUGAUGUGACGUUGUCUGGGAACAUGGCGCUGAGGAUGAGAGGCGUUUCAUGAAAGUCUAGAUACUGGAUAUUUUUUGUAAGAUACCAUCAAUUCAAUGCACGUCUCCACCUUCACAAUGAUAGGUGACGAAGUGAUGAUUUACGGUCGAUCUGUAUGGACGACGUAACACCACACCUGACAUCGGUGACUGCUGUCGUCAGCUAAAACUGUUAGCAUUGGGAGCUAGGUCGUUAGCUGGUUUGUAGCCAUAAGCUAAACGCAAAAGGGAUGCUUGUCUUGUAUGAUACGCGUGUAUAAUACGAAGAUCAAAUGAAUAAAACACGGUAUUUAGUCUUCAACCAUCCAUCAACGGUUUCGGACGCGUUUAUUUUGUAGCUAACAUUGAGUUAGCUUGGCUAAAAGGAUGGGGGUCCGCACUGGGUUUGCUCUGUUGCUGGUCUUCGGGAUUUUCCUCUCUGUGUCCAGUGGUGCACCUCUUCACUAUCACCACAAAUCAGGUGGUGUCCCGGCUGACUCUCUGUCUGUGUCCCUCUGCCUGUCUCUGGUGGUGUCGCUGACAGUGCUCAUUGCCUUGGUGGUGGUGUUGGUGAAUUGUGUCACCUGCUGCAAGGAAAAUGAGAUCAACUUUAAGGAGUUUGAGGACCAUUUUGACGAUGAAAUUGACUUCACCCCUCCGGCUGAGGAUACCCCCUCUGUACAGUCUCCAGCUGAGGUGUACACGCUGGCAGUGUCUCCAGUGGCUCUGCCAGGACCCCCACAUCUUCAGCCCCCCUCUCACAUAACGGAAGCGCCGACUGGGGCUCAGAUUGCUCGACACAGUCUGAGUUACAUCCAGGAGAUUGGCAAUGGCUGGUUUGGACAGGUCCUUCUCAGUGAAAUCUAUACUGACCCCGGGGGUACCAGAGUGGUAGUGAAAGAACUAAAAGCUAAUGCUGGCUCUAAGGAGCAGAAUGAGUUUCUGCAACUGGGAGACCCAUACAGAGUACUGCAGCACCCCAACAUCCUGCCAUGCCUGGGCCAGUGUGUUGAGGCGAUUCCCUUCCUGCUUGUGUUUGAGUACUGUGAGAUGGGUGAUUUGCGAGGCUAUCUGUCUCACCAAGACUGGAUGUACCGAAGUGCUGAAGUGUUGCAACUGCAGAGGAUGGCCUGUGAAAUUGCUGCUGGAGUCACUCACCUCCACAAACAUAACUUCCUGCACAGUGAUCUGGCACUGAGAAACUGCUAUCUGACUGCUGACCUAACAGUAAAAGUGGGAGACUAUGGCAUUGGUCCUUACAGAUAUAAGGAGGAUUACAUCAUCACAGAGGAUGAUUUGUUUGCCCCUCUUCGCUGGUUGGCUCCAGAGCUUGUGUGCGAGCGCCACGGAGGUGUCAUUACAUUGGAGCAGACUAAGGCCAGCAAUGUGUGGGCCUUGGGGGUGACUUUGUGGGAGCUUUUUGAGAAUGCCAACCAGCCGUACCCACAUCUGUCAGACCGCGAGGUUCUCAAUCAUGUGAUCAAGGAACAGCAAGUCAAACUAUUUAAGCCUCAGCUGGAUCUACCGUACUCAGACAGAUGGUAUGAGGUUCUGCAGUUCUGUUGGCUGUCCCCAGAUAAGCGUGCGACUGCUGAGGAGGUGCAUCGCCUGCUCAUCUACCUGCGCAUGCAGGGCCAAAAGGACAUGGAGGAAGACUUUGAGCAGCGCUGGGACGCUCUCAAGCCAAACCCCAGCACACGCCAGACCACCAUCAGCCACUCGUCCUUCCCCAUUCUGGACCAGUUUGCCGACGACGCACUUCGCCAGGAGAUAGACGAAGUGCUCACUGUCACAGAAACCAGUAAAGGUCUGAGCUUUGAAUACGUGUGGGAGGCCGCUAAGCACGACCACUAUGAAGGCACCCAUGGACACGCAGGCAUGGACACCACUUUAAACUACCACAGCACCUUCUUCCCCGUAUCCUCAGAGGAUAUCCAAGCACAUUUCCCUGUAACAUCAAACAGAGCAGCGGACAGCAGCAGCACUCCUUCAGGAAUUCCCGGGAUCCUCUCAGUGUUUGACGCUCAGAAGCCGUCCAAUGGGAAUGAGUAUUACAUCCAACUAGAAGAACAGGGGGACAGUGGAGACAGUGCCUCCAGAAAACACAGUGUGGACAAUAGACAGGACUUUAUUGUUCUUCAAGAUGUCCGUCUGGAUGAGUCGAGCACAGACGCAGACUUUUUCCACCAAAGUAUUGACUCAAAGGACUCUUAUUUACCCGAUAGUCACAUUUGGUCAUCUCUAGAAAAUGACAGCCCUUAUCACCCUAAUAUUUUCACAGAAGAAGAGUCCAAGCAUGACGACUCCCCCUCCUGGAGACAAAAUUUUAUGGAGUUUCCAGAACGCAGUAGAAACCCUUUUCAUGAAGACAUGGCUCUACAGGUUGACACAGAUAAAAAGUAUGGGGUUUCUUUUUUAGGGCAUAGCUCAGAGGCCAAUCGCAAGGCAGAUUUGGAACAAGGGGAUAAAGAAGAUGCUGAUGCUACAAGGCUUCUCAACACUGAAAACCUGAAAGACAAUUUUAUGUUUUUAAAUGACCACAGUCUCUUGAAAGGGUUUUCAAGUCCACAGCAAAACUUUCUAUUGCCAGGACUAGCCCAUGAACCAGAAGAAAGGUUCAAAAUGACUUCAUGGGACAACUUUGACAGUUUGGGUAGCUCGAGCUUAACAGAUUCAUAUUUGAAGCCAAACUUAAGUAGCACAGGGCAGAAGGAGGAGGAGUUUGCGCAGUCCACUCUAGGAAGCGAGACCCUGGUGCCUUCUAUCACCGUAGUAACAGAGGACAACUCAGCCACAGUUCAAAGCGGCUCUGAAGACUUGAGUCCCCCACAGUCUGCUGCCAGAGUGUUAGACUCUGGUUUUGAUUCUACCUCGGAUAGAUAUGAGGUGUUGGCAAGCGAAGCUGAUCAAACUAUUUCUGUCAGUGCCACUAUAAACUCUUUGUGCGUAGAUGCCAAAACGCCCAACUCUGAAGGUGAACUCUUUGCUUCAGACAUUAGCGUGCAGCCCAUUGACCAUAACAUACCUGAAAAUAUUGAACAUAGCGAAGAUUUGACUAGCAAUGAUCUUUUUAGUGAAUUAAUUGAGGAUGCAGACAUUGAACUAGAAACUACACUUUCUGAUCAUGAGGAAGCUUUUUUAGAAAAUAACCCCGAACAAAUUGACCGAGCAAAUUUACUGAUCUCUGGUCCGUCUUUAGACCAAAUCAGUCAGGAUAGUUUACUUGAAGACAGCAUAUCUACAACUUUACCAAUAAUGGAAACUACAGCAGAAACUCCUGAUUCUCUAGACUCCUAUGAUAUCCACAGAAUUGAAGAGAAACAAGAAGAUGUGACUACUCGGGCAGCUUCAAGUAAACUCCAACCUCCAUAUAAAAUAUCCGACAGCGGCUAUGAAACAGAAAACAUGGAAUCUCCUGAGUGGAAUUCCCAACCUGGAGUCAAAGAUCCGGAUCAAAAUGGCGUCAUUAGUGAGAGUGAAGCAGAACUAGGGGCCUCUGCGCAUAGUUUGGCCCCACCUGAAAUAGUAAUAUCAGAUGUGGAGAGGCUCGAGGAGGCCAGCUCAGAGGAACCACCAGAACAACCAGAAAAUGUCAUUGCACCUCAGCCCCCAAUCAUGAGCAGCCAUUAUAGAGACUCCGCCUAUUUCUCAGACAACGAAUCCGAACCAGACAAGAAAUCAGAGGAGAUGGCGGCUGGAGGUUGUGUGGAGGCUACAUGGUUGAGUAAAACAGAUAUACAUAUCAAUGAAGAGGAACCCGCAAGUACACAUUUAGACAUUUCUCAAUCAGAAAAAUCUAGUGACCUUACAUUUGAAGUUAGAGUUGCAUCGGAUUCACAAUUUGACAGUUUAGUAAAUGUGGAAAUAGAUAUUCCAGUUAACAAUGAGGAUGAGCCCAUCCAGUCUAUAGACAACCUCAACAAUCCAACUGAAAAUGCAGAGUUUUCUAACAAUCUGACCACCAUCGAACAGUCAGAACACGAGCCAACUGUUGAUGACCUUUCACCUGUAUUGGACAACACUGGUCACAACAACUUAACCCGACUCCAUGCCAAUGAAGGUCACAAAAUAAAAGAGCCGGACAUAGAGGGGCGUUACCUCGGUAGAUUGGACGGUCACGAGGACGGCAUGGAGGCGGAUGAGGAGGACGAGAACAGCGAGGAUUCAGACGAUGACAUGCGUGCGUACAGGCUCCACAGCUCCAGCUCUGACAGUGAGGAGGAGACCACGCACCCCGUCCCGCUCAUCAUAUCGGCUGACACCAGCAGCAAGAACCUGAGGAGUCUACUGAAGCCCACCUCUCUCAAUAUCAAUGCCGCAUCUCCCCCCGGCUUGGCUACGACAGGCAACGCGGACAACUGCAGGAGAGCCGUGUCCUUCUUUGAUGAUGUCACCGUGUAUUUGUUUGACCAGGAAACACCUACCAAAGAACUUGGUGAUCACUCGGGAAGCUCAAACAGUCACGUCCCAGAGUUUGGUGGCUCGGGUCCCACUGCCAACUACCUGAACCGCUUCACCAACUCUGAGAGCUCCACAGAUGAAGAGGGAGGUGGUUUUGAGUGGGACGAUGACUUCUCCUCCCCUGGCCCCAAAGUUCUGCCCUCCUCUGCUGCAGUGAGCCUGGUCCGAGAGCCGCGCUGGACCACCACCUCCAGCUACUCGCGUUUCUCCAUUUCCCCUGCCAGCAUUGCCAGCUUCUCCCUGACACACCUCACCGACUCGGACAUCGAACAAGGAGGAAGUGGGGAAGAUGGAGAGAAGGACUGAUGUCUGAAGAUGAAUGCUCUCAUCUUUAUCUUAACUGACACAUGAAAGUUGCACUGUUGACUAAAUCUUUGACUGAAAAAGGACAGGUGUAUUUGGGGGUUCAAAGGUGAUGUUUUUCUCAGGCAGAAUUGUACUUUACACUGACAAGACCAUGAAUUAAAUGGCUGCAAUGAACUCAAAGAGAGAGGAGGCCCAGUAGCAAUCUGUGCCACCGCCCUUUCCUUGUGUGCAUUUGUGAUUACAUUUUCAUGCAGUUUAUCAUGGAAUAAAUAAACACUAAAAUAGGCACAGUGUUUUCUUUAUGGAUUCAUCAAGCACAUUCCAGGUCUAUGGGCUUUUGUCUCCAUGUGCACUACUUGACAACACUAAACU